CUUGCGGCUGACUUACGUACUCAAUAAUGCCCGCAUGAAACGCGUUUCUCCCCCAAGAGAAGCCUCCCACCGUUCAUUCCCCUUUCCUCCCGUCAAUCUCACAUCCAUCUACGCACUCUAUGCAUGUAUGCAGGGAAUCGCAAUGUGGGUUAGGGUCCGGUAUAAAACGACUUGGUGGUGGCUACUCCCCCCCUUCACACUCACACACAUCUUCCAAAUCCACCCACAACGACGAUCAAAAAAUGCACAUCUCCUUCCUCGCAUCGCUUCUUUUUGCUACUUCCGCACUCGCGGCUCCCGCUACUCUAUGCGGUGCUGGUCUGACACCUUGCGGCCCAGACUGCUUCAAACCAUCGGAAGGACUGUACCACUGCGUCAACAACAGGAUUCAACAAGGGCCUGGCGCCAAUAAUGCACCAGCACCUCCGGCAAGUGCACCUCCUGCUGCCCCAGCGCCGGCCCCGCAAGCUCCUCCUCCCGCGACUGGCGGGGCGCCCUCAUCUCUCAUUCCCGCAACAAACGUCGUUCCCGGCAACCCUGCAUGCCAGGGUGACUCCGUCGGCCCAGUCAACGGCGUCCGAAUCCCCUGUCGAUGCCCAGUCACAGACGCCCAACUCUCCGCCGCCGUCUUCCAACAAAACCCCAAUCUCCCCACCGGCCCCGACCUCGACUCGACCCUCAUCCGGUUCCAGCAGACCCUCGCCACCCUGCAGACGUUCAAAUGUCCCGCGGCUAGUACCCAGAUCAAGGGCAAAUUGGACAAGCUGGGCGCGUUGAAGGCGAGCGGGAGGGCGGUCUCGGUUGAGGAGGUGAAUGCGGCUAUCGCCAUCACGACGGGCGUGUUCAGACCGGUUCUGGUUGGGGCGGCUGGGCCGGGGUUUGAGGGGCAGCCGAGGCAGUAGGUUGUCAUAGUUGUCAUAAUUGUAGAUAUUGUACAUAUCAUAUAUAGCUGGGAAUUUCUGCAAGUGGAAUAAACUGAAUCUUGGGUACUCUUAC